UCUGACUGAUGAAUAAUUUGAUCUUGACUUUUUGAAAAGCUAGAGAUUUUCCAACUUAAGCAUCUUUCAUAUAAAUAUUUGUAUUACAGACAUAGAAAUCAGAGGCGUUUGAUUGGGCCAGAGUGCCCCCACACUGCCCUCCUCACUUGGAUCGAGCCAGUAUGGAUUUCAUGGCAGCUACACUUCCGAGAAAUUUUUGUAAAAUUACGAGUGCACUCUUGCAAACCCAAAUAAUGGACAUGGAUUGGGUGUGGUUUUGGGUGUGGCUUCGAUUUAUAGAUUUUUUAAAGAUCGGAACUUUGUUUGCAAAAGAGAUUAAAAGAAAUUUAUCAAAUGACCAAAUGUCACUGCCAAUGCUAGAGGUCAGGCCAGAUGUAGGGCCAAAAGAGCUGAGAGUGAAGAUGAGCUGGAUAUCUUAUUUGUCUAUGACAAAGGAGAGCCAGAAACUGAAAAUAACAAUGGAUACAUAUUGCAUAUAUAGCAUGCAAGCAUUAGACAAAGCUGCCUUUUCGUGCUCUUUUGUGGUCUCUGCUCUUCGUGUUGAUGCAAAAAACUGUAACAAAGCAAGGAAGGCUCUUUCUAGGAUCCUGUUAAGGCGGCCAAAAUUGAAAGACAUUGUUUCAGACCAAACAAAUGCCAAGAAAAAAUUGUUAUUGUUGGACUCCAUCCUUUCAAAUAUUGACGAUUUGAAAGCCGAUGAACAAAUGUGUAUAAAAGAAAACAAUGGGGAACUGACACAGCAUCAGAUCAUUUGUACAUAUGACCAUUUCACAGCAGAUGAAAUACUUGAUGCAGUUUUGCCUGACGGAAUGGAAGUAACAACUGCAUUUGAAACAGUUGGUCACAUCGCACAUAUGAACUUGAGAGAAUGUCAUCUUCAGUUCAAAGAACUUAUUGGGACAGUUAUUUUGGACAAGAACCCAAAUAUAAGAACAGUUGUAAAUAAAACAAAUACAAUUGAAGAAACAUUCCGAUUCUUUAAAAUGGAGCUACUUGCUGGUGAAAAUGACACGUUUGCACAUGUGAAGCAACAUGGCUGUAAAUUUGAGUUUGACUUUUCUAAAGUUUAUUGGAAUUCAAGAUUACAAACAGAACACCAAAGGAUUGUAGGCAUUUUGGAUCAGAAUGAUGUUGUUUGUGAUGUAUUUGCAGGUGUUGGUCCAUUUGCUAUUCCAGCUGCAAAAAAGGGAUGCUUUGUGUAUGCUAAUGAUCUAAACCCUGAAUCAUACAAAGCACUACUCCAUAACAUAAAGAUAAAUAAAGUCUCAAACAAAGUUGUUGCCUACAAUCUAGAUGGAAGAGAAUUUUUAAAAAAAGUUUUGGGAAUAGGAUUGUUAGAGCAGCAAACAAUGCAAGAUGCCAACCAAACGAAAAAUAUCACCCACAUUAUAAUGAAUUUGCCUGCCAUAGCAAUAGAGUUUCUAGAUGUUUUCAAAUAUGUUGAUACACUGGCAUGCAGAAUUACAAGUGGUCUGACAGUUCACUGUUACUGCUUUUCAAAGAUGGAGAAUCCAUUUCAAGAUGUGGAAGGAAGGGUGAGGCAAAUUUUGGGAUCCAAGGUUGGUGAUUGCAAAGUGCAUAUGGUGAGAAAUGUGGCACCAAAAAAGGUUAUGAUGUGUAUUUCAUUUCACCUAACAUGUUUCAAUGGUAAAGAUAAGGUAGAACCUAAAGGAACAGAUCACAGUACAGAUAAACGAGGAACUAAAAGACCAGCAGAAGAUUAA